CAAAAUUUUAAUUUAUUUUCAUUACAAAUGUCCUUUUUAAAAUAUAUAUAGUUCGAAAGUAUUCUGGUAUGUAAUAACCGAAAAAGAAGGUGGAAAGGGACAAGAUAGUGAAAGACCAUUGAAUCAAGCAGAAAAAAAGCUUUCUCCCACCUUUUUCUCUCUCGAACCCCUAAAACCAAUCCAGUUCCGCCAUUAAAACUCUUCACACGCUCCUCUCCCAGUAACAAGUACUACUAGAAGAAAUGUCGAUGAACAACUCCCCAAUUUUCCCCAUGCCCGAGUCUCAACAUUUCAGCGAUUAUGGCUUCGAUCCCCAAAUCGACUACUUUCAGGUUUUGGAAGAAGCGAGGAAGCACAAGAAUGAAAACUCGUCGAAAUCCUCCAUUGACAGUCUUCAGUUCAAGCUCCAGAAACCUGUAUCGAAGGACGACCUGAUUCGAACCACUCUACGCAAGAAGAAGAAGGGUUGGUUCUGGAGAAACGCUUUGCUCUUCUUCAACUGGCGGAAGUGGCCAAUCUCCGCCGUCGGAAGACGAGGCAGCCAUUACGCCGUCGACGGAGACAUUGGAUUCGACGAUCGCGACGUUCACAUGGCGAGGGCUAGAAAUUUUCGAGCAUCAGUCGGUUCGAUAUCGGGACCGGUUUACGUGACGGAGAGCCGGAGCGGUUCGAGCACGCCGUACCGGACGAUAAGACCUUCGAUGACGUUGACGCCAGCGAUUCCGUAUCUGAGUUUAAGGGAGCUUAACAUGGAGCGGCAACAGAGGAUCGCUACCUCUUCUAUGUCGGCGUUCGCUUCUGCGCUCGUGUACGAGAAGAAAUGCGCAUUUGCAAGUGAAGAGCAGAAGCAAAGUGGCGAGAGAGAACACCACGAGAGACUCCACCACAAUCACAGAUCCUAG